GUCGCCGCCUCUAUAUCCUCUGAUUCCUCUCUCUCUUUCUCUCUCCACCAACCGCCGCUCGUCGCCUCUAAAUAACCGGCCGAUCCGAGAACCGCGCGGGGCGGAUUCUCGGCGAGGAUUUCGACUACCACGUUGAGGGUCGGGCACUCGGGCGGAUGCGGGAGGGCGACCCGGGCCGGGACGAGGCGCGGCACGAGCCCGAGCCGGGGUGCGGGGGCGAGGCGGCGGGGCAGGCGGCGGCGGGCUGCGCCGCGGUGUGCUGCUGCUGCCCCAUGGCGCUGCUGGAGGUGCUCCUGCUCGUCGCCGUCCGCCUCCCCGCCGACCUCCUCCGCCGCGCGCGGCUGAGCCGGCGGCGACGCCGCCGCCUACGACGGAGCGGAAGGGGCGACGCGUCGCUGUCCGGGAGCGCCAAGGCGAUGAUCGCGGCCGUGGACGCGCUCGAGGCGGACGAGGCGGCGGCCGGCGCCAGGCGCGCGCAGGCGGAGGUGGAGGCCGCGUCGGAGCUCGAGCGCGAGAUCAUGGCCUCGCGCCUCUACGGCGCCGGCUUCUGGCGCAGCGCCUCCUCGCGGUCCAGCUCCUGCGCGUCCUCCGCGCGCCGGCCGUGAACGGCGGCGGCCACGUCAACCUCGUCUUCCCCGUCGAGUGUGCUUGUCUGUGUUCGUUCUGGGUGUCUGUUAGUUUAGCAUCAUUGGUAGUACAGCAAGCGAUCACACGUGCUGUACUGUACUAUGGUUGUUCUAGGAUAGAUUCGUGAUGGACAAGGCAAAAUGUGGUCCUCAGCUCCUGUUGAUCGCCUAGAUUUUGUGUCUGUUUGUGGAAGG